AUGAGGAUAGGCUGUCUUCAGUUUGCUCCCCAGGUGGGCGACAUCGACAAUAACCUCAACCGAGCCGACUCUGUCUUGAGCAAGGCAAAUCCCGACGACCUCGAUCUCCUAGUGCUACCCGAGCUGGCUUUCUCAGGGUACAAUUUCAAGUCCCUCCAGCAUAUUUCGCCGUUUCUCGAGCCCUCAGGCUCCGGAAUCACCUCCCUUUGGGCUCGCACGACCGCUCUCAAGUACAAUUGCAACGUAGUUGUUGGCUACCCGGAGAAAGUCGAUGUUUCCAAUCAGUGGCCCACUGGUCCCGAGUACUACAACUCGGCUAUCGUAGUCAACGAAGAUGGCGAAACAAUAGCCAACUACAGGAAAAGCUUCCUCUACUACACAGAUGAGACAUGGGCGCUUGAGGGAAACCAGGGGUUCUAUGAGGGGUUCAUUCCGGGCCUUGGCCAUGCAUCGAUUGGCAUUUGCAUGGAUUUAAACCCCUACAAGUUCCAGGCUCCCUGGCAUGCGUUUGAAUUCGCAUUCCAUGUUCUUGAAUAUGAGUCGAAUCUUGUAAUUGUCUCUAUGGCGUGGAUGACACGCGAGGACGGCCGCAUGUUCAGCCGCAUGCCCAACGAGCCUGACAUGGACACUCUCACGUAUUGGGUCACUCGUUUGGAACCGAUCAUCCGUGCUGAGACCGACGAGGAGAUCAUUGUUGUUUUCUGCAAUCGAACUGGUAUCGAAGACGAUGCGGUGUAUGCUGGCACCAGUGCUGUCGUAGGUAUUCAAGCUGGGGAGGUUAAAAUUUACGGCCUGCUUGGAAGAGGUGAAAAGGAACUCCUCGUGGUCGACACCAACAACCCUCCGUAUGCGAAGCUGGUCUACCGCCCGGAACCCGAUAGACCAUCUGCAGUUCACUCCGAAUUGCAGGAGACGUCCCCUUCCUCGGCCGCUCCCAGCUCCUCCGGCUCUGGAUCUGGUACUGCCAAACCUUCUCAGUCCAACGGAACCAAGCAAGGCUUCUCAACACACACACCGACUCAGCCGAAAAGUGCCCCAAGCAAGCAGGCUUCUUCGGUCACAUCAUCCAAGAAGUCGCCAACCUCCAAGGCAUCUAAGUCUUUGCCCAAGAUCAAGACCAACGGCCUAGUAGUUGAAACCCGCAAUUCGGCCGCGAGGUCUCCAGGCUUUGAUGGCAUCGAACUUCCGACACCAACAGCUCCGAGCCCCACGCCGUUAGCGAUUCGUCCGAGAAUCCAAAUACCGCAGUCUCCGCCUCUUGAAGCAUGGCAAGCCAGCCCCGUACCUCUCAGCAGCCAGUCGACUCAGUCCUUUCACUCAGUAUUGUCUAAUCAGUCCGUAACCUCGAACGGGCGGGCACCCGCUGAUAGCACACCGUACCCGGAUAGUGCUCAUCCUCUUAGCGGCUAUCCCACUAGAAUGUCGGAGAUGAAGAUCUAUGGCGGCCAUGUUUCCAUUGCGCAGAUGCCGUUCAGCCCGAUCACACCACUUGAUGACCAGGAACCACUGUCGCCUCGGUACUUUUGGCGCCCGUCAGAUAACCUCCUGAAAACGCCCAUGGAGACUCGAGGGCGGAUGUCGGCUGCAUCUGAUUCACCGGCAGAGAGGUACAGCAACCAACAGCAUCACCAGUUUCCAUCGUUCUCUCAGCCUGACCUGAUACCGCGGUCGCAAAGCUCGAAUACCGUCCGCACUUCUGUGACAGCUGUUGCGGCCACCAAGGAGAAGCCCGUCAAAGCCCAGGAGCAGAGGCAAGCCCGACCCGUGACGCCCAAGUCCCGCAGUCCCAGCAAAAGCCGCCCUGAAGACGAAAGCAAGUCCAAGCCAGAUGGCUCGAAAGGGGCUUCAUCACAGCAAGCCAUGCCUCCUCGGCCUUCAUCUACCAAGACUCGGCAUGCGAGUCGUUCGCGAGUGCGAGAUCGGUCUGAGUCAGCUGUUGCACGUCGCGAGCAAGCUGCUGUGAUUUCCCAGCACCUGGAGUCCGUCGCGCAGAGAGCCGAGUCGGCGAAUCGCAGCCGUGCUAUCGAGAAAUCGGACACUCCAGUUCCUGAUCGACCGUCCUCCCCGAAAUCUCGCAACUGCAGUCGAAGCCGCCCGACUGACCGACUAUCUUCCAUCUUGAUCGCAGCCAGUCCGAGCAUCCUGAGCGAUGAGUUCCCCCGCCGCCCGUCCUCCGCUUUCCAGCCAGACACCAACCAGAACCAAACUCAACGGCCAAUGUCUCGCAUGGGCUACCGUCCUCGUGCUGGAUCGGCGGCAGAUACCGACAAGGUCGUCGUGAGAGGGGUGCGCAAUAGGUCCAGAACCCCCAUUAGUGAUGACCGCGCCAAACUUCACUCUGCCUCUCGCACGGCUAGCAGAGGCCGUCAGCCUGGCGCCAAAUUCUCACCACCAAAGAUGUCGCCGCGCGAGCACAGCCGUUCUCGUGAGCCCCCGACAGUCGACAGUCAGAUUCAUGGGCACAAGAGGAGGGCGUCCACCGGGCCUGAUGUGUUACAAGCUUCAAAGGACCCUUUGGCAGAUUUUGAGAUUGUCGAGGAGAUCCUCUGCCCAAAUUGUCCGGUUCAUGGACGGCAAUCAAUUGGGAGCGCCCAGGAAGUCGGCAGCGCAAAGAUGGUUGGACACCGAGACUCUCCUGACUUGGGCUCCGGGCGCUCGAUGUCGCUACCUGCAGCGUCGGCCAUUGAGGUGUCGAAAAAGACGGCAAUCUUGAACGCAAACACACAGCAAGAUCUUGAAGGCCUUGAAUUCUCAUCCACCAAUGCCACUAAGUCAAGUGACGCCCUCUCUCUCAGCGAGACCGUCGAGACCGUUUCGACCACCAGCCGAUCUCCGUCUACGCCCAUGUUUGAGCCCAAAACUCCCACGGCGAUGGUUUUUGUUCGGUCUGCCAAUGACUCGACUGAUUCUCUCGGAUUAGACGCGACUGACGAUCUGAUUGAUCUAAGAUGCAUGGAUAGAGACGUUGUUCCAGUUCCGAUUUCCAGCGGUGCAAAUGGCGUAGUUGCAUAG